AAGGAGAGAGGCACGGCGGACCCGGCUGUGGGUCGCCGCUUGUGCUGGGCCGAGCCCCAGGGGGGCGGUGUGGGGGUCCGGCGCCGGGCCUAGCCGGGCAUGCCGGCCCCCAUACCUUCCAGUCUAAUCGACAUCUAACCUAACCUUGUCAUAUUUGUUGCGACUGGUGUUAACAAGCGACAACAAACAUUGCAGACGUGGUCAGACCAGAAUCAAACAAAACCCCGCAUCGACGACUAUAAAACCCAGCCAAAGGUACAUAUACUCACCGUCCCCAACACACAGCUCUAAAAAAGUAAUUAUGGAUGCAGAAUCGAACAGUAUCAAAGUAAAUGCUAUGCAAUUCGGAUACAGUGGCGAGAAUCCUCUCUUUGUCAAUUUUAACCUCAACAUCUCUGCUCGAUCCCGUUGUCUUCUUGUCGGCGCCAACGGAUCUGGGAAGACUACUCUGCUGAAGAUUUUGGCCGGAAAACAUAUGGUUGGGGGGAAAGAUGUUGUGCGGGUGCUAGAUUUUUCAUCUUUUCAUGACACACACUUGGUUUGUAGCGGUGAUUUGUCCUACUUGGGUGGAUCUUGGACCAAAACUAUUGGUUCGGCUGGAGAAGUACCACUACAAGGAGACUUCUCUGCGGAACAUAUGAUAUUUGGCGUUGAAGGUAUCGACCCAGUUAGAAGAGAGAAGCUGAUUGAACUGUUGGAUAUUGAUCUACAAUGGCGUAUGCAUAAAGUUUCCGAUGGGCAAAGACGUAGAGUACAAAUCUGCUUAGGCCUCCUUCAUCCUUUCCAGGUUCUUUUGUUAGACGAAGUGACAGUUGACCUCGAUGUGGUUGCAAGGAUGGAUUUACUCGAGUUCUUCAAGGAGGAAUGUGAGCAGAGAGGAGCUACGAUCGUAUACGCAACACAUAUAUUUGAUGGUCUAGAGUCAUGGGCAACAGAUUUGGCCUACAUACAAGACGGAGAGUUAAAAAGAUACGAGAAGUUGGCAGAUCUUCCGGAAAUGAACAACUCCUGCAACCUGCUAUCAGUGGUCGAGUCCUGGCUCCGUUCCGAGACCAAAAAUCCGAAAAAGAAAACCGUCAAUCCUUCGAACUUAAUCGCUAACAAAACGUCCCCGUUUGAUUCUUCCCCUUUUAGAUCAUCAAGGCACAUGGCAUACUAUAGAUGAUUAAUAUUUUAUACCCUAAGCUGCCAAAUUGUAUGUUUUCACAAAGUGAUCAGUCAAAUAUUCUUUACUUGUAAAGUUGUUUCUUUUUGUCUUUAGGGACAUCAGGAUACAAUUAAAGGUACUUUUGAUUGGGUUGUUGACUUAAAAUAUCUUCUUGUAUUGAUUAUAUAUGUAUCUCAUGUUUUGAUGGUGGUUAAUGAUGUUAA